AUGAUGUAUCAAAGAGAGAUUGGAGCUACCUAUGCAAUUCCAGUUACCUAGUUGAUUUAACACUCUAAUACCGAAAAGACUGUAAAAGAUGUAGUCUGCACAAUCUACUAAGAGAUUAAUAGUCACUACAAAAGUUCCAAUCAACUUUGA